CAUUUCUCUGUUUCCCGUGUUGCUGCUACGGUGGUGGAGCCAUGCAUCUGAGUACCAUUCGCUCGCCAUCCCAAAAGCACGAGUGAAGGGCAAGGGUCCCGUGUUCUGCAGACUCUUGCGACAAAAACAGGCUCAUUUGGCGAGAGAGAGAGAGAGAGAGAGAGAGAAAUGCAGGGCGACGAAGAGAGAAAUUGCCGGGUUUCGGCUUCGCAGGAGAAAGUAUACGAAGCGUACAACGAGCUCCAUGCUCUGGCCCAGGAAUUCGAUACCCCCUUCGACGCCCCAGCUGUUCUUGUGGUGGGUCACCAAACCGACGGCAAGAGCGCCCUGGUGGAGGCACUCAUGGGAUUCCAGUUCAACCACGUCGGAGGCGGCACCAAGACUCGUCGCCCUAUCACCCUCCACAUGAAGUAUGAUCCGGACUGCGAGCUCCCGCUCUGCCGCCUUGUCUCUGACGACGACCCCACCCAAGCCAAUGAGAAAACUCUCCAAGAAAUCCAAGCCUAUAUUGAAGCUGAAAACAUGAGGCUGGAGCGUGAGACUUGUCAGUUCUCAGCAAAAGAAAUAAUCAUUAGAAUAGAAUAUAAGUACUGUCCGAAUCUUACCAUAAUAGACACACCAGGACUGAUCGCUCCUGCUCCAGGUCGGAAAAAUCGUGUUUUACAGGGGCAAGGUCGCGCAGUGGAAGCCCUUGUACGAGCUAAAAUGCAGCAUAAAGAGUUAAUCAUAUUAUGUCUUGAAGAUUGUAGUGAUUGGAGUAAUGCCACUACACGUAGAGUAGUGAUGCAAAUUGAUCCUGAGCUAUCAAGGACUGUUGUUGUCUCUACCAAGCUUGAUACAAAAAUACCCCAAUUCGCACGGUCUUCAGAUGUGGAAGUUUUUCUCAGGCCACCUGCUUGUACACUUGACGGAUGCAUAUUGGGUGAUUCACCCUUCUUCACAUCUGUGCCUUCUGGAAGAGUUGGUUCUGGACAUGAUUCUGUUUACCGAUCGAACGAUGAGUUUAAACAGGCUGUGUCUUUGAGAGAGUUGGAAGAUGUUGCAUCGUUGGAAGAGAAGUUAGGCCGGCCUUUGUCUACGGAAGAAAGAAGUAGAAUAGGUGUGAGCAGACUGAAAUUAUUUUUGGAAGAGUUGCUACAGAAAAGGUAUAUGGAAAGUGUUCCUCUAAUCAUUCCACUUCUCGAAAAGGAGUACCGGAGCACGACAAGAAAGCUAAAUGAAAUAAAUCAGGAACUCAGUGAUAUGGAUGAAGUAAAGCUAAAGGAGAAGGGGCGCACAUUUCAUGAUUCUUUCCUGACCAAGCUGUCAUUGUUGUUGAAGGGGACUGUGGUAGCACCUCCUGAUAAAUUCGGGGAAACACUACAAGAUGAGAGAGUAAAUGGAGGGGCAUUCACAGGCACCGAUGGUCACCAGUUUCCAUCCAAGUUAAUCCCUAAUGCUGGAAUGCGCCUAUAUGGGGGUGCACAGUAUCAUCGUGCAAUGGCAGAAUUCCGUUUUGUGGUUGGAGGAAAUAAAUGUCCACCAAUUACACGGGAAGAAAUAGUUAAUGCAUGUGGAGUUGAAGAUAUUCAUGACGGAACAAACUAUUCUAGGACUGCUUGUGUGAUUGCCGUUGCAAAGGCUCGUGAUACAUUUGAGCCUUUUCUUCAUCAGUUGGGGUUUAGGCUCUUACACAUUUUAAAGAGAUUGCUUCCAAUCUCUGUCUAUCUACUGCGGAAAGAUGGAGAGUAUCUAAGCGGCCAUGAUGUGUUUCUGAGGCGCGUUGGGACUGCCUUCAAUAAUUUCGCGGAAUCUACCGAACGGGCAUGUCGUGAAAAGUGUAUGGAGGAUUUAGUGAGCACCACCCGUUAUGUCACUUGGUCCCUCCACAAUAAGAAUCGGGCUGGAUUACGCCAAUUCCUAGACUCAUUUGCUGGUGCAGAACAAUCCACUCUAACAGCUAAUUCUAUUGUUGCUGUUGUUUCUCAAGACUCUUCCCUUGGGCUACCUACGAUUGAUAACAAGAUCGACAAUAAGCCGAGGGCAGAUAUAAAACUCAACAACCUUUCCCCUGGCAUUGACUCGAGCACAUGUAUUCAGACAACAGAGAUGAGGCUGGUUGAUCUUUUAGAUAGCACGCUUUGGAACAGAAAGCUCGCUCCUUCAUCUGAAAGGAUUGUUUAUGCUUUGGUGCAACAGAUAUUCCAUGGCAUAAGAGAACAUUUUUUGGCAUCUGCAGAACUGAAGUUCAACUGCUUCCUCCUCAUGCCGGUGGUUGACAAGUUGCCUGCGCUCCUGCGAGAAGACCUGGAGUCUUCAUUCAGGGAUGACUUGGACAAUGUCUUUGACAUCACACACCUACGACACUCGCUUGGACAGCGGAAGCGGGAUCUUGAGAUUGAGCUGAAACGGAUACAAAGGGUGAAAGAGAAAUUCAGACAGAUUCACGAGCAGUUGAGUUCACAUCAGGUCCAGCACUGCUGAUUCAAAGAAGGGCCAGGGUGAAAGACGUGGACACGAUGCUCUUUUGAUAAGCCAGUAGGAACCCAAUGGCAAAUCAUUCACUCUCUCUCUCUGCCUGCACCACUCCCCCUCUGCCUAAUG